AUUAUAACCUAGGUGCAUACAUACACCUUGGGUCAUCAUCUAUUCUAUCCAUAAGGAUUACAUAGUAGAAAGACCAAAGAGUCACUGGGUUACAAUAACCGAAUCCUUUCUACCCAAAAUCAUAACCAUGAACUUUGACGAAGAUGUUCCCCCCGAGCUUGUCGAUGUUGAGGCCAAGACGCCCCCACCAGAGGAGAAGCCUGUUAAGGUGCCCAUAACCAUUGUCACAGGCUACCUUGGAGCUGGAAAGACUACUCUUCUCAAUUACAUUCUGACUGCGCGCCAUGGCAAGAAGAUUGCUAUCAUAAUGAACGAGUUUGGCGACUCACUUGAUAUUGAAAAGUCUCUCACAGUAAAUAAGGGUGGUGAGCAAGUAGAAGAAUGGCUCGACGUCGGUAAUGGUUGUAUUUGCUGCUCCGUCAAGGAUACCGGAGUCAAUGCAAUCGAGUCGUUGAUGGAGAAGAAAGGCACAUUCGACUACAUCUUGCUAGAAACCACAGGCCUUGCCGAUCCUGGCAAUAUAGCCCCUUUAUUCUGGGUUGACGACGGGCUAGGAAGUACCAUCUACUUAGAUGGCAUCGUCACGUUAGUAGAUGCGAAAAACAUAUUACGCAGCUUAGACGACCCAUCAGGGAAAGUUGAAGGCCACGAAGACUACGAUGGUCAUGGACCUCUCAUGACUACCGCUCAUGUUCAAAUAUCUCACGCUGAUAUCAUCGUCAUAAAUAAGUCCGACUUGGUAGAACCGGCAGAGCUUGAGAACGUCAAAGCACGAAUACAGGCUAUCAAUGGCCUUGCAAAGAUCCACGUGACCAAUCAAAGUGUCGUGCCUCAGCUAGAGGGUGUUCUGCUUGACUUACACGCAUAUGAUCAAGUUGAGGCAUUAGAUACUACAGGAAAGGGGCACAGUCAUCUUGACCCUACAAUUUCUACGGUCUCUAUCAACGUACCACUCCUGACUUCCGAACAACUCGAGCUAGUCGACAGGUGGCUUAGGUCUUUGCUUUGGGAUUGCCAGGUGCCCGGGGAGACGACUAAUCUAACAGAACCAAUCGAAAUCCAUCGUUUAAAAGCCCGCUUAGUCUUUAAAGAUGGUGAUGUGAAGAUGGUUCAAGGUGUUAGAGAGGUAUUUGUGAUUCUUGAUGGGGAGCAAGUAUCUGAUUCCUGUGACGGCAUUCCCCAGCUGGGAAAACUUGUCCUUAUUGGAAGGGGUCUGAAGGGCAUCGAUUUUGAGACAAGCCUGCUACAUACACUCCAGAAUAUAUAGCACCAGGUCACCGUCAUAAGACUUUCUGAUGACUCUCAUGUUGCAUAAUAAGUUUGAGUCUCAUCCAAUGUCUCAUAGUUCAAAGACUAUAUGUGCUGUCCUGAUAUAUAACGAGCCCACGAUACACAGCGGCAGCCAUGAAAUGAGACUGAUAAUUAAUUCAAUGCAGCA